AUGAACCUCCUCGCAGCUGCAGCUUCGCUCUGCCUAACGAUGGUGGCCGGCCUCCCGCAUGCCAGCAACUCCAGCUUCGACACUUCCAAGCUAACCUACUACCCCGCCCCGGAAAGCAACGGUCUGGGCGUCGGCUUCCUCGUUCUCCCCGGCGGCGGCUACUCGUACGUCUCGCCCCGGGAAGAAAGCAACUCGACCUUCUACCUCAACGCGCAUGGCUACGACGCCUGGGUCCUGAAUUACUCCACGGCCGCAACGGCUUCGACACCGCUGUACCCCGUCCCUCAGGAGGAGGCCCUUGGCGCCGUCCGGUACAUCCGCGGUCUGAGGCAAGUCGAGAAACUCGGGAUCUGGGGGUACUCGGCGGGCGGGCAUCUCGCUGCGGUUACGGUGACAGAUCCCAGGGCUGAUCUUGAUUUUGGGAUCCUUACGUACCCGGUUAUAUCAAUGGAUGCUUUGAUUACGCACGCGGGCUCGCGGACGAAUUUACUGGGGGAUCAUCCAUCAGAAGAGUUAGUGAAAGAAAUGUCUGCGGAGACUAGGGUUACGAACUCGACGCCGCCGAUCUUCAUCUAUCACUCGGCGAAUGACGCUACUGUGCCCGUUGAGAAUGCGCUUCGGUUCAUUGGUGCUCUGACCGAGAAAAGCAGGCCUUAUCAGUCGCUGAUUCUGCCUGAUGCGGCGCAUGGGAUUGCGCUGGCGCUUGAUGAUCCGCAGCGGAACUGGACGCCCGAGUUGGAUCGGUUCCUGACGUAUUCGAUCUGA